GAAGAAAAGCAACCCCAAUGGCCAAAUGUGACGAGUACAUCCAAGAGACGGAGCUCCGGGCUGUGCCCUCGGCCUCCAGGGAGGUUCUGACCGACCAGGAUAAAGUAGAGCUCAACGUCCUGGAAAAAUACAUUCAGCCGUGUCUGGUGGAGCUUCUGGGCAGCACGCUAUUCUUCUCCAUCGGCUGUCUCUCGGUUCUGGUCAACCCAGAUGGAGCCGGCCCCCUGCUGCCAGCUCUGGCCCACGGACUCUCGUUGGCCGUUGUCAUCUCCGUCCUGGGCAACAUAAGUGGAGGACACUUCAAUCCAGCCGUCACCUUGAGCGUGGUCACUUGUGGAGGUCUCACUCCCAUCCUGCUUGUACCUUAUUGGAUAUGCCAGCUCUCAGGGGGCAUGCUGGGAGCUCUCUUGGCCAAGGGCUUGGCGGACGAGCAGGCCUUCCUGAAUCACAGCGGGGCCGCCUGCAUGGUGGGCGAGGACACUUCAGUGGGCAAGGCGGUCGGAGUGGAGAUAGUCUUCAGCUUCUUCUUGAUCCUGGCUGUGGUGAUGGGGGCGGUGGGGGAGCGUAGCCAGACUCCGCUGGCCUCGUAUUCCAUCGGCUUUACCGUCAUCACCGGCAUUUUAGCGGGGAGCUCCAUCUCCGGGUCCUGUCUGAACCCCGCUCGUGCUCUGGGUCCUGCUGUUGUCACUGGGUACUGGGAUUACCACUGGGUAUACUGGGUGGGCCCAGCGUCUGCGGCCAUCUUGGUGUCUCUCUUCUACAGGUUACUCCUGGCCGGAAGACGUCACCGGUUAAUCCUGAAAUAA